CCUCGACGGCCCAAUUCGCUCAGCUGUUUUGUCAAGACAAUCUUCGAUUAUUAACUACAUAGUUAUACGUCUUAUCGUCUUAACGUUAAUAUGUCUAGGCCCAUUGCGUUUGAACCGUGCAUGAUUCAAAGUACUAAUUGACCCUUUUCUCGGACAGCCGCUGAAAACAAGGCCAAGGAAAAACUUGGUUUCUAAGGUUGAUGACGCCAACCCAAAAAAAAACGAGCGGAUGAAUUUCCCGGAAGUGCUUCCGAUGGUUUGAACUGAUUUUGAGACCGGAAGUGGUCCAAUUUGAGCCAUUCACACGACUCCUUCUUCCAACAUGAGGUGGGCAUUCCCCUGGGACCAGAUGUGCAUGAAAACAUCUACCAGAGGCUGGGGGUGAUAUAGUGUCUUAGGGCAUUUCUUUCAUGUCAUAUCCAUUGAUUGACCAGACAACGAGAUUGAUCCGUUUUUGUUGAUGAAUCGGCUUUACCUGGAUUGACAUCCUGAGAUCCUGAGAUCCUGAGAUCCUGAGAGUGCGAGAGCAUCAUGUCGUUGUGGGCAACGGAAAUAUUAGUUGGGAUUUCGACUUGAAUUUGAGUGUGAUGUCGCUUUUUGCGAGCGCAACUCCGCCAGAAGCGAAGUGACAGAAAAAGCGGACGGACAUUAUUGUGUUAAUCAUUGUCGUUAUGGCUUCCGUUGGAGGAGGGAAUAACGAUUCUUCCUCGAACUCACGUGUCCAUGGAUCCGAAGCCAGUGGUGGUUCCAGUUGUUGUCCUCCUUCGUCGCCACCCUCGCCAUCCUCGCCGCUCAAGUCCAAGAAGGCCUUGGAGUGCGCGGUUUGUCUUCAGACUUGCGUUCAUCCCGUCCAAUUAGAUUGCUCGCACAUAUUUUGUUUCCUCUGCGUGAAAGGCGUCGCUUUGCAAAGCCGGAGAUGCCCGAUGUGCCGCGGCGAUAUCCCGCCGACGUUCUUAGACAAUCCCAAGUUGUUAGAGCCCUUGAAUAAAACGGAUGUUGGCCAUGAUUCCCCUGAAAUCGAACAGGAACACAAUAGCGCUAAUGAGGACGCGACCACGGAGAAUUUGUCAGACUCCGAGGACGAUAAUGGCCAUGUUGACCAUCCGCUCCACAGCGACGACCAAGAACAAGAGCAAUCAGCCGAAGAACAAUCGGACGAGGACAAAUUCUGUUGGUUCUACGAAGGGCGGAAUGGCUGGUGGCAGUACGAUGUGCGUACAAGUCAGGAAUUAGAGUCCUUCCAUCAAAACGGAGCGGUCACUUGCGAGCUCUUGAUUGCCGGCUUUCUCUACACAAUCGACUUUCGAAGCAUGGUUCAAUUUAGACGUAACGAGCCUAAUCGUCGUCGACAAAUCAAACGAGACCUAGCCACCAUUUCCAAGAAGGGCAUUGCCGGUUUGCGUCUCCACAACAAUGGACAACAUUCCACAUUGUCGACUAGUCAGUCAUUAGUGGGCCCGAGCUCUACUUCCGGGCAUCUUCCUCACUCGACGACCAAUCCCUUGCUCAGUCCCAGAGCCCAAUUGGGCUCUCAAUCCCAGUCUCAGAGGUCCUUUGGGCUCGGUGCCAGACCCACCAGGGCAUCCCCAAGCCAAAAUCAUCACACCACUUUUCAGAGAGACGCUCAGACCAGAGCCAUGGGCCAGUUGCCACCCCCGGACUCGAGCGAUAGCGAUGAUGACGUUCGACAAAGUACUCGACGACUCGGUGAUCUCUCUAUUGACCCAGGAGAUCCCGACGAUCAAGACGGUGAUUAUUGAAUUUCCCCCCAAACUGCGCCCUGUUGUGUUGCGCAUUGUCAAAUCAGAAAUGUUAUCGAUUUAGAGGUUUGAAUUUGUUUUAUUUACUGUAUUAAUGACUAUAUAAUGAUUAUAAUUAAGAUAAUACUACCACAAA